GUGAAAGUAACAAAUGUCAAAAAAUUCUGUGCGAGCAAAAUCGACAGCAAGGAAAAGUUUUUCACUCAAAUGGUUACAAAAGCAAUCGAUGUAAUAAAAAUACGCUUUCCAUAGCGAUACGUUUCAAGUUGCUUUAGUUUCGAUUGCCACUGUGAGUUUAGUUUGUAAUCGGUGCGUUGGGCUGUAAAGAUGGACACACUUGGGUCCGAAAUCGGUCAAAAGAUGAGGAGCGCCGUAAAGGCUAAACUCAUCGAGUUGGGCACUGGUUCUGCCACGGGCUAUAUAGACGACGAGUUGCCGGAUUAUGUGAUGAUUAUGGUGGCAAACAAACGCUCUCGACAGCAGAUGGUAGAUGAUCUUCAACUGUUUUUGGGAAGCCAGACUGAAGUGUUUGUAAGUUGGCUGCACCAGGUAUUGCAGAAGCUAGAGGAAGUUACACUUCCAGUUACGGCUGCUGUCUCCGGUGGAACAGGCAGCAAAAACACUAAAGAGGGUGGAAAACGCAAGGCUAGUGAUCAGAAGGAAAAAAAGGAUAAGAAGAAAGAUAAGAAAACAAAAAAGCAGAAAGAGAAAAGUCCCGAUGUGGCAGAGGAAAUAAUGACUCCUCCACAUCCAGCACCGCUCGGAGCCAGUUCCAUUCAGGAAGUAUUUGCAAAUCAACUAAUUCAAAACGCAAAAAAGACCAUGGAAACGGAAGCUGCCGCUCCGAAAAAAGAUUCUCGCGACAUUACUCCUCCCUUGCGAGAGAACUCCCAUUCCCGGGCAGAAAAUGAGUUUGAUAUCCCGACUAUAUCGGAAAUCGCGGGUCAAUCAGCACUUCGAAAGCAUCAAAAGGAGCUUUCCGAGUUAGAAGAAAUCCAGCAAAAGAUAAAACAAGCAAAAAAACAGCUGAAAGCAAUGGGUUCUGAAGAAUCCGAAGAUGAAGAUUUUCUAAACAUCAAAGCUAAUGAUGAUGAUUUGGAAAACAUUGAAGAAGGAUCCUCGGUUAAACGAAAAGAGAAACCGAAAAAUAACGCUUCAGAAUUCAAUGAGGAACGUGAAAAGGAAAAACGCAGCGACACACCUCCCCCGCCUCUUCCAUCUGUACCGCAAACAACUAAGAAAAAAUCAAUAAUGGAACGUUUGGGAUCUAGACCAGAUCCACAAAAGCCGAAUCCUGACUCGACCACGGAAACCGUGGCAAAUAAAGCGAAUAUAAUUAGUCUUUCAGCUCAUCGGAGAGAGGAGCGGGAGCUAUACGUUCCUGUGUUCCGCCGAAAAGAAAUGGAAGAGCAAGUAAAAGCUAGACAAAACAGGGCGAAUGAAAGAAUAAACCGCAGUCGAAGUCGGGAACGAGAUCGGAGGCGUUCACCCGUGCAAAGCAGAUCUACCCGAAGAGAUAGCAGCCGAGAUCGGUCUCGCAACAGACGCGAGCGUGAAAAAGAGAGAGGACUUGAUCGAACCCGAAGCAGCGAACGAGGUCGAGAUCGAGAACGAGAUCGGGAUCGGGACCGUGAUCGCGAACGAGAUACAGACCGGGAUCAUAAAAAAGAGCGAGAUCGUCAUGGGGCGGGCAAGGUGAGCAAUGGUACCGAAAUUAGGUCUCGAAUUGGUUCUAGAGUUAUCGUUCUUCCACCCAAGCCAGAAUACGUUGAAGAAGAUGCGUUGGAAGUUCCUAUACUAAGUGUAGUGAAAGUUCAACCACGUCCUCAGAUCCCUAAGAAUAAACAGCCUAGUAAAAACCUUCUACUGAAGGCUAUGGCUGAAGCACAACGUUCUACGGCAGCUAAUCUUACUAAGACUAUAAGUAACAGAGAGGAACCAGCUCGCAGGCAUCAUAGAAUGUUGAUAGAGAUUCCGGGAGCAAAGAUUGAACCGACUCCAGCUCUUGAUGUUGGCUACGAUGAUGACGAAGAGGAAGAGGUGGAUAUUGUAAAUCAUGUUUUAGGGAUGGACGACGAUGAUGACGAACUGCAACAAAUUCUUAAUGCUAAUGACGAAUACAUACCAGAACCGGUAGCUGUGUCCGUUUCCGGCCGUUCGGAUACCGAUAGUGACGGCUAUGUUUAUGUUCCUUCUAAAAAAUCAAUGUCUGAACCACAGGCUCCCGAGCUCACGUUUGAGGAGUAUGAUCCAAAGGAUCCUGCCGAAAAUCCGAAAUUUGUAGUCACCUUAGAUGGAGCAUACAAGAAAGGAGCACGCGUUUCGCCUAGCCAUACGCCGCCUCCUCCUCCAGUUGCAAAACCCGCACCUAAAACUAAACUAUCAGUCAAAGAUCGAAUUGGCGUUAAAGUAACACCCGAGGACAACAGUAAGACACCUCCGACGAACCGUGACGAAGAUGAUAACCGAGUCCAUCAAGAAACGCUUAAAAGGCGAAAAGAACGUUUCAGCGUUAAAGCGGCAUCUUCGAAAGAGCGUAAUAAACGGGACGCCUCUUCCAAAUCGCCACUGUCACAAAAGCGAUCGAAAGGAACAUCGUCCUCCUCGAAAAAGUCAAGUCCGCAAAAACGGACGGAAAAAUCGACACGUUCUUCCAACUCUCAUCGUAAAUCAUCGCCCUCUGCAAGUCGAGAUCUCAAUGAACUGUUGUUACAACGGACCAAGGAGUUGCUGGUAGAUGACAGCGUUUCCUCUUCUCCCAUCUACAUGUCCAAAACCGAUUACGAAAAAAUCGAACCCAACUCGUCGUCCCGCAAACGGAAACGCGUUUCGCCGAUUCAAUUCGCGCUGACAGACGACGAAGCAGACGACAGUGAUGGGGAGUACAACCAUCAUCGGGACCGUGAACAUCGUGAACGCAAAUCGGUUGAACGCUCAACGGCUGCCCGCAUAAGCGGUGAUGAGGAUAGCGUCGGUAGUCGUCAGGAUCAGCGAAAGGAACGUGAACGCGAAAUCGAACGGCGACGAAGCAAUGACGAUGACAAGAGGAAGAGUGGCGGCAGCAGUGCCAGUGGCCCGAGCGGAAACGCUAGUGGACCGGAUGCCAAAUCACCGACCAAGAAAAUCAAAAAAUUGGAAUCCAGCCGGAAGUUCGAUGAUUUGCCACAGCUUCUUAGCUCGGUGUCGGUUCCCUCGGACGGUUUGUCCAAAAGCAAAGCCACCAUCAAGGAACGCUGCAAGUAUUUCCCGCUGUGCCGCCAGGGUGAUUCCUGCGAGUUCCUUCAUCCCAGCACUAUGUGUAAAGCGUUUCCGGCGUGCAAGUUUGGCGACAAGUGUCUCUAUCUGCACCCGUUUUGCAAGUUCGACAAGACCUGCAAUCGGUUGGACUGCACCUUUAUGCACACGAAACCCCUGCCCGGACAUGGCGUUAGCUCCGUUGGUGGCCCAUCAGCACCGCCCUUGGCAUCCUCGGUCGUUCCUGUGUCGAACUACAAAACAAUAUCAGCAAAACCGCUGCCAGCGCUGUGCAAAUUUUACCCGGGAUGUACGAACGGGUUGUGUCCGUACUACCAUCCGAAGAUGUGCCGCUUUGGAAAGCAUUGCAUGAACAAGGUAGAGUGUAAUUUCUACCAUCACGAGCUGCCGGGAGGGGCUGGCGAAUACCACGAGGUCCCGCCGAAGGAUAAGUUCAAAUGGGUCUCUCCGUUCACGGCUUAGUGCCUGCGUUUUUGCACUUUUCUUAGCUUCGUUGUGACGAUCAACUUACUGCGGCGAUCGACUUCUCAUUUAUUUAAUUUUUCUUUUUGUCAUCUUUUGUUCAAAAAUGCAGCAUACACACUCGUAGCUUCUAAGGCAAAUUUGAGGUGUUUUUUUAUUGUUUUUGUAGUUUUAAGCUAGAAAUAUUUAUUACUCAGAUUGACAAACAGUGCGUUUCUUUACUGAAAAAUCAGUAGACUUAGGGAUUCAAGAGCACCACUUGUAGGUUGGAUUGUUUAGCAGUAUGUAUCUACAUUUUUUGAAUUGCAGUGCCCUAACGACUCUCAUAUUAAUGUAAAUAAGACACGCAAGAAUAGAGCGUUGAAUUACAUUUUUAAUUGAACAAGAAAAAAGCAUUGAGUUUGAUUGAAAAGAAGCUAGGCAGUGGAUGCACGAAAAAUAAAACACUUCAUUACAUUAGUAUAUUCAGCAAAGUUUCAACAUCAGGACAAAAAUAAGGUAAUUUUUUAUUGCAGAUAAGUUUACUUACGUAAGCAAUAUAAAUUACGUACCGUAAAUUUGAACAAUACCAUUAAUAUAAUCGGUUAACAUA